CCUUAAUCAAUCCGGCAAUUAAUUAAAGUUGGAAUUAAACAUUCUCUUCCAUUUUUCUGUCUCGAAAAUGAAUUUCAAAAAGGCCGGUUUCCUUCUCCUCCUGGCUUUUCUGGUCAUAUCUGCGGCUGCAGCUAGGAGCCAUGUCCACCCGGAGAAGACGGCGGCGACAAAAAGAGGAACCCUCGUCGCCGCCGGCAUAGCAGUUGCAAAGCCCGAGCUUACAUGCGAUGGCGAUACUUUUUGCGGCGAUUACGGUUGUUGUGGAUCAUGUGACAGCGUUGAUCCUUCCAAGUGCGAUUCCUGUUGUCAACCCAUUUUCGUGCCGCCGACAGAGAUUCCGGCCGUCGGCGACCCAUGAGCAACGAUGCCACACUAUUAUAUAUGCAUACUUGAAUGAAUGAAAUGUUGUCUU